AUGGACGCCUCCUCCCUCCGCAUCUCCAAGUUCGAUGGAACUAACUUCCACGCCUGGAAUUUCAAGAUGCAGAUGGUGCUGGAGGAACGGGACCUGUGGGAGGUCGUCAGCGGUGAGAUCAAGGCAGAACAGUGCGAGACUCAGUUGGACCAAGCGACGUACAAGAGGAAGUCAAGAAAGGCGAUGGCAGUGAUCUGUCUAGCCAUGGAAGAUUCCCAGCUACCGUUGGUCCGGUCGGCAAGUGGUGCAUGCGACGCAUGGUCAAUGUUGGAAGACCACUUCGAGAAAAAGAGUCUUGCCAACAAGCUGUUCUUGCGCCGUCGCUUCUUCACGACAAUGAUGGAAGAAGGCGACGAUGUGCUCGAACACAUCAACAAGCUCAAGACGCUGGCGGAACAGCUAGAAGCGGUGGGGGCUCCAGUCUGCGAGGACGAUCUGGUGAUCACACUUCUCGGCAGCCUGAGUGACUCGUAUCAAUUCUUGAUCACAGCUUUGGAGUCGCGCUCAGACACUCUUAGCUGGGAGCUCGUGACGUCUCGACUGCUUCAUGAAGAAAUGAAGCGGAAGGAGCAAGGAAGUAAAGGUGAUGAAGCUUCGCAAGGUCAAGCGUUCAUCACAAGGGACAAUCAGCGCAAAGGGCGACCAGUGAAGAAGUCCUGGCCGUGCCACAAUUGCGGAAAGAUUGGUCACUGGAUGGCGGAGUGCCCCUUGCGCAUCCAAGAAAACACGGAGAGACACCGGCCACAGCGUGCUCAAGACAGCGGCGACCGCUAUCGAUCACAACGUGCAAACGUCGCUCAAGAAGAAGACUCGGGCGACUACCUCUUUUCGAUCGGUGAAACGACAUCUGCGAAAUCGAGCGACAUCUGGCUGGUCGACUCCGGGGCGACGCAGCACAUGACGUGCUCCAAGAAGUUCAUGCGGAACUACAAGGGGUUUGACGCUGUGGAUGUCCAUCUCGCGGAUGAUGGAAUCAUCCAAGCAAUCGGCAGUGGGGACAUUGUCAUGUCGAUGAAGACACCCCAAGGGAUGAAGAAAGGUGUGCUCACAAACGUGUGGCACAUCCCAAAGUUAUCCAGAAACCUGUUCUCGGUCGGCCGCUUCACCAAGGAUGUCGGCCCAGUGACGUUCACGAAGGAUGGGUGCUAUGGAGAAGCGAAAGGGACCAAGUGGAAAAUUGGUGCCCGUGAAGGUAAAGGACUGUUCAAGCUGCAAAUGACUCCAGUGGCGCCGGAACAAGCAAAUGCAGCCAAGUCGUCGGGAUGUCAAGGGGGCACCAAGUCGUACCUCUGGCACCUUCGGCUUGGCCACAUAGGUCACGAUGGACUCAAUUGCAUCGUGACGAAGAACAUUGGAAUUGGCAUCGACAUAUCUUCGGUGAAGAAGUGGGACGUGUGUGAAGGUUGUGCUCUGGGAAAACAGACUCGAGUGCGCUUCCAAUCAAACACUACAGCUCGCACCUCCAAACUCCUCGAAGUGAUUCACAGCGACGUAUGCGGACCUAUGUCGAUGGCAACUUUCAGUGGAAAACGGUACUUCGUGACAUUCAUCGAUGACAAGUCAAGAUACUGUGUCGUCUAUCUGCUCAAGAGCAAAUCUGAAGUUGCGGCGAAGUUCAUGGAAUACGCUGCGAUGGCCGAAACGCAAACCGGAAAGCGCGUGAAGUACCUUCAAAGCGACAAUGGGGGUGAAUACAAGUCCGACAAGCUGGCACGAUUCUGCGCGGAACGGGGAAUACAACAAAGGUUCACACCCCCAUAUACCCCUCAGCUAAACGAAGUAGCUGAGAGAAUGAAUCGCACGCUGGUCGAGUGUGCGCGUUGCAUGAUGGAACACGCUGGACUGGGAAAGAGCUACUGGGGUGAAGCAGUGAUGACGGCGAUGUUUCUUCGAAACCGCUGUCCAACACGUGCCAUUCACCAAGACAAGUCUCCAUAUCAAGUGUAG